AUGAGGAUUGGUAUCAGGUUGCAACUUGGCCUGGUCGUCCUGCUGGCUUCUCUUGUUCCAUUGAUUGUGCUUGCUCUUGCUACCUGGUUCAAUAAUUACAGUUUCACAGUCAACGUCAAAGAGAAUGCACUCAGUCUCACCGCAUCCCUCAAAGCUGCUUCGGUUGCUUCUGAUUUACUCUUAAUCCGGGCCACAUGUUCAACAAUUGUCACUAGGAUUCUUAUCCAGCAGGCUAUUCGUGACUUUUAUCAAGGAAAGCCCAAUUGGGCUGAAGCAAGAGACGAUGUUCAAAGUGGUUUAGCUUCUGGUGGACUAUCUGCGUUACUUCAAGUCAUUAUCUUCUCGAGGAAUGAGACGGGUUCAGCCAAUAUUCAACUCCCCUAUAAUAACUCAAAUGAUCAGCCCGCUUUUCUAGGCGAUGCCGAUCAGGGCUACCCACCGAGUUUGUACCCGAAUAUUUCGUAUAUUCCAACCACAAGCUCCGACCCAAAUGAUCCGGGGACGAAUUUUACAGAGUUUUCAUACGCAAAGAGACCAGCUACAGCAACCUACGAACCCAGCCUCCAUAACUUGACGAAAGCGACUGUCAAAUAUGUCUUUCCCCCAUAUCCUCUCGUUGGACAAACCGAUAGACAUUCGGUCUACAAUUCGAACUUAACUAAAUACGGAACCUCAAACUUCAGCGAAGGUCAAUAUCCGGCCAUUUUACAUGGGUUCGGAGAACGGAACCCGAAAGUCAAUAAUGCCAGUAGUUAUAUCACAACCACAAACGAGCAAGGAGCAAAAGUUGCUGUAGGUUGGGCGAGACCACAGAGUGAUUUGGUUGAUUGGCUUUUGUUAGUAGAACAAGCUCAUUCUGAAGCUUGGGAACCCAUCAUCAAGCUCCGGAAUAUCUUACUUGCAUGUGUUUUUGGCACAUUUGGGUUGAUUCUCCUUGUGGUUAUACCAAUGGCUCAUUUCAGUGUUCGUCCGAUCAGAAGGAUAAGAGAUGCCACGAAACAAUCCAUUCAACCGCCCGGCUACACUCCUCGUCCAAGUAUAGAUGACGAGCCAUACGGUGACCUAGAAGCCGUCGAGAAUAACUCGAGCGGAUCUAAAAAGACGGGGUUCUUAGUUCGGUUGCGAAGAUUAACACAUCCAGGUCGGCGCGUGCCGAGAGAAGAAAAAUCGGAGGCCGAUAGACGAAGAGAUUUCAAGAUUCCCGGAAAGGUCCCAGAACGAAAGCAUUUGAUACAAGACGAGCUUACUGAUUUGACUUCGAAAUUUAACGAAAUGAGCGACGAGUUAUUGCUACAAUACACGAGUCUCGAAUCCAAGGUGGCUGAGCGCACAGAAGAACUCGAACAUUCUAAGAAGGCUGCAGAGGCCGCAAAUGAGAGCAAGACGUUAUUCAUUGCCAACAUCUCUCAUGAGUUGAAAACUCCAUUGAACGGCAUCUUAGGAUUGUGUGCUGUAUGCAUGGGUGAAGAUGAUUUGCCAAGUAUCAAACGUUCAUUAAAGACGGUUUAUAAAUCUGGCGAUCUCUUACUGAAUUUGCUGAAUGAUCUUUUGACUUUCAGUAAGAAUCAAAUUGGGCAACAAUUGAAUUUGGAAGAAAAAGAAUUUCGUCUGUCUGAUGUCAAAGAGCAAAUCAAGAACAUAUUUCGAAAACAAGUGGACGAAGGCGGCAUCAACUUUGGAGUUCACUUCUUGGGUACCGAAAGUACGGAUGGAUCCGCGAUUGAGAACCCAACCGGAAAGCCCUUACCAGCUCUCGGCCCUAAUGGUAUUGGUAGAUUGAAGGACAUGUGUUUAUGGGGAGAUCAACACAGGAUUCUCCAAAUCAUAAUCAAUUUAGUCAGCAACAGUCUCAAAUUCACACCACCAGGGGGUAAAGUGGAAGUCAGAAUCAGAUGUAUGGGUGAAUUAGAAUCAUCACCUGAUGGUAUUAAUAGCCGAAAUUCCAUGGGUUCGAAGCAGAGCUCGCAAAGGAAAAAUGCUAGGGGUCGCAAUGGCUCUGGCUCGAAUGCUUCAGGGCACACUUCAACGUAUUUGUGCGGACAAUUAUCACGGACGACAUCUGGUGCCAAGCCAUCUGGUACUGCACUUGUGAUCAAUCCUAUGGACCCAAGAGCUCGUAUCCAGCUAAACGAGAGGUCGGCUACUCCGCCACCUAGUAAUUCUAGGACUUUGUGGUUUUCAAUAGAGGUUGAGGAUACCGGGCCUGGCAUUCCAGAGCAUCUACAGGAGCGGGUUUUCGAACCUUUCGUACAGGCUGAUCUGGGAUUAAACAGGAAAUACGGAGGAACAGGGCUAGGGUUGAGUAUUUGCUCUCAAUUAGCUGGCCUUAUGGGAGGUUCUAUUUCUCUCGUCAGUACACUUGGGGAAGGUUCCACAUUCAAUGUUCAAAUACCAUUGAGAUUCAUCAAGGAGCGAGCGCCAAGUACUUCUAGUUCAGAUGUUAUUGGCUCUCGACCAACAAGCGUAGUUUCACAACCAGAAUUCGAUCGUCAUACCCCCAAGGGUUCUAUUGAUACGUCGACUGCUGUUGGCUCCCCUGGAAAGGGAUCUAGUGGCGUUGGGUAUUCUAUGGAUACUCAACCUCGAUUAGUUGGGCUAAGACAACCUUUUUUUACAUCAUCCCCUACACCCCCACCUAACGAGGACAACGCAAAAACUCAACUCGCUGCACUUGAUCGUGCUACCAAAGAGAAAUCCGGGGGCAAGAAAAUAAGAGUUUUGGUUGCCGAAGACAAUCUUGUCAAUCAAGAGGUGGUUCUUCGCAUGCUUAAACUUGAGGAUGUGUAUGAUGUGGUAAUCGCCAAGGAUGGUCAGGAGGCAUACGACAUGGUAAAGCAAAGUAUGGAAGAAGGCAAAUUCUUCAACUUGAUUUUCAUGGACAUACAAAUGCCAAAUCUUGAUGGACUGCAAAGCACGAGAUUAAUCAGAGAAAUGGGUUAUUCUGCUCCAAUUGUAGCAUUGACUGCCUUCGCCGAAGAGAGCAAUGUUAAAGAAUGCUAUGAGUCGGGAAUGGAUCAUUUCCUAAGCAAACCCAUUCGGCGACCAGCUCUCAAGCAAGUUCUUAAGAAGUUUGCCACCAUUCCGGAAGAGACGGAAGAUUCCUCCCUCACCCGUAAAAGCACACCCGAAAAAGGUCAAGCCUCGAAACAAGACACAGGCCCAACAUCUACUUCGACAUCCACUCCCUCGGCAAAUUCCGUUACUGAACUCGUCAAAACCAACGGAACCCCUUCACCACCCUUACCUUCCACCACUACAUAG